CUCAAAUUGGGCGUUACUGUAUAUGUUGUUGUUUCUGGGGCAUAAGAAGUAUCUAGCUAGUUAGAACAGUCGGCUAUUUAAGAAUAUAUUGAAUUUAGGUCCGUUGAUAUAAUUGAAUCGAAAAUCACUGUUCGUUGUGCUCAUUAUAUGAUAGCGUUGGUUACGUGAAGAGUCGGUGGGAAAGAUCGGUGUGGAAUUUUCACUUGUAUUUGUUUUUAUUCCGUUUUCCCAAAGGUGAGUGAGUGUUUGACUCUUGAUUCCUUGUCUUCGCUUCGACUUCGUGCAGCAUAUCCCUCAAUCUCGCAAAAAGCUCAUUGGCUUUGAUCGAUUUGUUGGCAUGUAUUGGCUCUCGUUUGGAUGCCAUGUGAAUGCGUUUUUUUAUCCAGCAAUAAGGAUUAGCCAUAACAUUCGCUUGCAACAUAAGCUAGCUACUGUAGCUAGCUAACGUCAACGUUAGCCUAUCAGCUGACCAAACCCAAAACUGUAAAUAAUGACGUGGCCACCUUGCCAUGUCUGAAAAACCACAACAGUAGGCUACAGUAGUUGGCUGUGAUAGAAACAGGGCUAUGCAGAAUCAAACUUUAACCUGUUGCUAUUAUGAUCAUACAUGUUAGCUAGCGUUACCUUGGCUAUCACAUGAUGUUUGUAAAUAAGAUGUCGCUAAUUUAUGCAUCCAUUAGAAAGCAAGCCAGUGUGUUCACGCAAUGUAGGCUAUGUUGUACAUUUUCAUAUAUAAUCUCAAUAUUUAGUUUACAAGCAAGUGCAAAUAUAAUAUUAUAUAUGCAUAUCACAUUUAUAAAGUUUAAAGAAAAAAAAACGUAUAAACAUUGUAGACCACUCUACAUACAAUACAUGAUUUCAAAUGAUUGAGUUGUCAAGACAUCAUACAGUAGCCAAUCUGACUCUCCCUAACCAGUUUGCUUUUGUGUACCUGAUCCAUCUACGGUGCACAUGCUGUUGUUGUUAUGUCAUCAUGGUCUUGUGUACCUUGAUAUCAGGACAGGGUGGUAUUUACAGCUGAUAAGUGGCUCCAGGCUUCUCAUACAGCCAGAGCUGGUUAGGCUAUAUUUUAGUUUUAAAUUGACUAUACACAUAAGAAUAGAAGUCGUUUGAAGAACGUCAGUUAACAUAUUUUGUCUUGCAUUAUUAUAUGCUCAACUGCAAGUAACAACAAUAUACAGAUACAGUAAUUUGUAAGUCGCUCUGGAUAAGAGCGUCUGCUAAAUGACGUAAAUGUAAAUGUGAUGUUACAAUGAUUACAGUGCAUCCAUAUAUGAUGUAUUAUCACAUGUUGACCACUGUUGACCCGUCCCUGUGUGUCUCUGUAGAUGGACAGUCAGUACCAGCGCUCUGUACCACUGGAGGUGAGGAGGGCAGAGGGUGAGAGGGUGCGAGCUAAGCAUCCCGACAAGAUACCGGUAAGUGUCAACAGAAUAACUACCACUAGUGUUAGAUAGCUUCCUUUCCUUAACUCCUUUCUCUUAUGACCAUUGGCUACUAAUCUGAAAGGACAUCACACUCAUUAUAUGAUUGUGAAUUAAUUUCCAGGGCCUAAAAACCCUAUCCAUCCCUUUUAUUAGCUGAUAAGUGAUCCUGGCAUAGGAUGAAGGGAAAGGAAGUUAGUAAGGUGUUAUUAAGGUCAGAUAGGGUUUAAUACAUGGAUGUUAGCCUUGCAUGCGAAGUUUCUUGGCUCCAGUUGAAUGGGACAUGAUGGUAAUUACUGUGUUCCCUCCUAAACCAGAUCAUCGUGGAGAGGGCUGCCAGGUCGAGAGCUCCUGACUUGGACAAGAAGAAGUACCUCGUGCCCUCUGACCUCACAGGUGAAACUGAUGAGAUGUCUCUCUUUCUCACAAUUAUUUCCUCUCUCCCAACUCAUGACCUUGUUCUUACCCUCUUCUCUUCCCUCUCUCCCUUCCCUCCACUAUUGCGCCACACUUCCUCUUCUUUUCAAAUGAAAGUCUAGCUAAUGUGUUAGUUUUGUUCUGUAAGUCCCUGUCUGACCAUCUCUCUCUUUUUCUCUCAGUGGGUCAACUGUGCUUCCUGAUCCGACAGCGUGUGUCUAUGAGACCUGAGGAAGCUCUCUUCUUUUUCGUCAACAACUCCCUUCCCCCAUCCAGUUCUCCUCUCUCUGCUGUCUAUGAGGUAAACACACACUCACACCGACGCAACCUUUUAUCCAACCCCCAUGACCCCCUAACGCCAGAUGCCAGGGAUUCUCUCACUGUCAGUGACAUGACACAGCUCCAUUACAUUGAGAUUGUGCUGAGCGGGUUUUGCCUAUGUUAUAAACAAAUACAAUUAAAAUAAAAUGUUUUAAUCAAUGUACAUACUUCAGUUAUUAUCAACAGUUCUGCUUUGGCCAUUUUAAAUCCUUAUUUCUGUCCCUGUCCUACCCGGUCCCUCUCAGGAGCACCAUGAAGAGGAUCUGUUCCUAUACAUGACCUACAGUAAUGAGAGCGUCUACGGUGCCUGAGAAGGGACAAAAAGGAGGAAAGCGAGAGAGAGAGAGAGAGACAGGAGAUGAAGAGAGGAUAUGGGAGAGAGCUCUUUGUAACGUUUCACCACUAUUAUUCUUUAUUAAGUGUUUAGGAGAUGGCUGUGGGGAGGAGAGUUGGUGGGGAGGGUUUGUAUAAGUUUUGUCAGUAUUUUUGGGGUGAUCAUGGUAAGGCAUUCUGAAUUUGAAAAAUAAGGGGGGAAUUGGAAAGAGGGGGAGUGAAAAAGAGAUUUGAGUUCAGAUGUGAAAGAAGAGUGUUAAGGGGAAAGCUCUUGAUUUCCACCUUUCUUUCUCAGCCAGUCAUCUGUAUUUAAUGCAAAUAUUAUUAUUUUUUGUAAAUUAAUAUCAUGGAGUGUUUGUGGAAAAUAAAAUCCAAAAUGCAUGGUUUUCUAGUUCUGCAGUUUGUCAUUUUUUAAACAUUUUUAUUCAGGCAAGAUUGUGUGUGGGAGGGGGAGGGGGAGAGGGCAAAUUUAAGUAUUGUCACAUCACAAACUGUCCCCAUCUCAUCCUCUAUUUUUUAAAGUUGUGAAUGUAAGACAUUUAUUUGUCUUUUGCAGAAGUUCUAAGACGUUACAUUUGGAUAUACCGUACAAUUAAUUUUGUCAAUCUUAUUUCCCGUAAAUGUCCGAACUCAAAUAAAUUGCUG